UAAUGGCGCACACAUGUUCUUUUCUCCUCUAGCCCUUUCCCAUUUCUCUCCAUUUUCACUCGUGUUGAAGAUUCAAGCUCUCUCUGUUCACCAUUAGCAUAAAAAAUGGUGACAUCUGUUGCAGCUCGAAUCUCCAGGAAAGCCGCGGCCAAUGCGUUCUCCGCUCACCGUCACGUCAUGGCCAACCGUUGUUUCGGCACGGAGGCGGUCAAAACGAUAUCGCCAUCGUUGGAUCGAGUGAAGUGGGACUACAGGGGCCAAAGAAAGAUAAUCCCUCUCGGCCAGUGGGUCCCGAAGGUAGCUGUCGACAGUUACGUGGCGCCUAACGUCGUCUUGGCCGGUCAAGUAACCGUCAACGACGGAGCUUCUGUGUGGAAUGGCUGCGUCCUACGUGGCGAUCUCAACAAGAUCACCGUUGGAUUCUGCUCUAAUGUACAGGAACGCUGCGUCAUUCACGCCGCAUGGUCCUCACCGACCGGACUUCCAGCUGAGACAUCAAUUGAGAGGUUUGUGACAAUUGGUGCAUACAGUCUCUUGAGAUCAUGCACAAUUGAACCAGAGUGUAUUAUCGGACAGCAUUCUAUUCUUAUGGAAGGUUCCUUGGUGGAGACUUACUCUAUCCUUGAAGCUGGUUCUGUAGUUCCUCCAGGUAGGAUAAUCCCAACUGGUGAGCUUUGGGCAGGAAAUCCAGCUAGGUUUGUCCGGGCUCUGACCCAUGAAGAAACCUUAGAAAUCCCAAAACUUGCUGUAGCAAUUAAUGAUCUGAGCAAAGAACAUUUCUCGGAGUUCCUGCCAUACUUAACAGUAUAUUUGGAAGUUGAGAAGUUCAAGAAGUCCCUGGGAAUUACUAUUUGAUUGCCUUUUGUUUUCAUUUUUCCAUAUAUCAGUUUACUGGAGUUUAGCCACGUAUUCGAUCGUGUUGGCUGUUGAAAAGGGAAAAAAACUUGUAGUUGUGAGUUCCAAUGAAAUGUAAUAUAAUUUGCAACGGAAGGAUCUUGUCCUUGUGAACUAAUGUCUUUUGUGUGCUGAGCACAUUACUUGUUCACUGUUUUUGCCCAUUGUGAUAGCUUUGGUUGAACUAUAAAAUUGCCAGCUUUCUUAUCAUCAAACAUAAGUAAUCUUUAUUGCAACUCCAGUCAUCCCAAACAUCAAUCCUGUUACUGCUAAUUAGAAUCAGACCAAUGGGUUGGACCAUUUCCUUUGAUCUUUCACUUUUCCGACUUGUAGUUGUGAGUUCCAAUGAAAUGUAAUAUAGUUUGCAACGGAAGGAUCUUGUCCUUGUGAACUAAUGUCUUUUGUGUGCUGAGCACAUUACUUGUUCACUGUUUUUGCCCAUUGUGAUAGCUUUGGUUGAACUAUAAAAUUGCCAGCUUUCUUAUCAUCAAACAUAAGUAAUCUUUAUUGCAACUCCAGUCAUCCCAAACAUCAAUCCUGUUACUGCUAAUUAGAAUCAGACCAAUGGGUUGGACCAUUUCCUUUGAUCUUUCACUUUUCCGACUUGUGUUAUUCCAAUUUUCAAUUCCAGGGUAUUGUGAGAGAAAGCACUUUCAUUCUUGAAAAGAUUAUUAUUCAAGAGAUUUUGAGUGCAUUUGUGAGUCUUGGCAUGAAUCAAGUAUGAGAGUCGACUGGGGGAUCAUAGAUUUGCAGGUGUGGCAUAACCUGGGAGCAGAAGCACCCGCCCACCGUCAGUUACUCAUCCAAUUGUGGGACUAUGAGUCCAAUUUCCACAGCCCAAAACACUACAUAUUCAUGUACCACCUCUUUGCUACUCGAUGACUUAUUUUCUUCUGCAGGUUUGGAUUUUUUUUAAAAACGAAACCUCAAUCAAAGCAUGGACAAUGAAAUCAAAUCUUGCAGCAAUCAAUUAAAGCACUGGAAAAUGAAACCAAAUCUUGUUGGUUUGUUAUAGAUGGCUGGUUCUAAAAUUCAAAGGACAAAUAGACUGGUUGGUGCAUUCUGGUGCUAAGGGUCAAAUCGGAUUUCCAUUUCAGUGCUCCAAAAUAUCAUAUGAUUUUCUUAAUUAAUACAAUAUUAUUUUAUGUGCACUAAAUUGCGGGGAAAUUAGGACAAACGACAUUGGUGUGGUUUCUUCCUGUCCUUAGUGGGAACGAAAUUAGCAGAAACCCUCAGUCUCUCCGCCCACCCAAAAUUUUAUAAUAAAUCAAUUUGAAUCAGUCCUUUUUAUCAUUUACACCUCAUUGGUUGGUUGGAUAUUGCUUUGUCAAACUUAAUCAAUAUUUUUUUUCAAUGACAUAAUCAUGAUUAUGAUAACAUUAAGCAUGAUUACUUUCUUUAGCUUUUCAACAACGACCUCGGUUUGUUUGGUCCCUGUAAAGUUCAGAUCACCAUUCCCAAAGCAUCAUCACCAUCUUCAAGUGCCAUGGCUGCAAUAUGCCAUCUGUUAAACUCGAUCUCUCUUGAAAAUUUUGGAAUAUGGCCAGCUCGAGUUAGCCGGCCAGUUUAAUAUAUCCUUAAUUUGUUCUACCUGCCAAUCCUGUUAAUGCAAAUAAUUGAUAAGAAGCUUUAAUGCAAUAUACUGAAAUGAUCAUAUUCUGUUAGGAAUGGGA